AUGGACACAGACGAACAAAAACCAGGUCUUGAAACACCAUUUGUUUCAAAAUCUGAAGAAAAUGGUGCUGAGUCCAAGGAGGGACUCAACAAAGAUGAGAUCUUCAUGGAAGCAAAGAAGCAGUUGUUGCUAGGAGGGCCUCUGGUGAUUUCAGUCAUGUUUGUUGGUCAUGUUGGAGAACUAGCUCUUUCCGGUGCUUCCAUGGCCACUUCCUUCGCUUCUGUCACCGGCUUCAGCUUUUUGAUCGGAUUGGCAUGUGCAUUAGACACCUUCUGUGGUCAGUCCUAUGGAGCAAAACAGUAUCACAUGCUUGGGAUACACACACACAGAGCAAUGUUUGUCCUCCUACUAAUCAGCAUUCCUCCGGCUUGUGUUUGGGCCAUUACCGGCCAUAUUCUUGAAUUCCUAGGACAAAAUCCCCAAAUAUCAGGCGAAACUGGAGGUUAUCCUCGUUUCAUGAUUCCUACCAUUUUUGAUAUGGCACUUCUUCAAUGUUGUUGGAGAUAUAGCAGUAGCCUAGUUUAUUAG